AUGCAUCUCCUAUCUGAGCCCGAUGUCGCGCAAGUGUUGCGCCAGCUGACUCCAGAACAAUGCCAUGGAUUCCUCGAUGCUCUGUCCGAGGCCUUUACAACAGUCUCAUCCCAGUCGCAGUUGUCAGGACCCGACCGACUCAUUCACCAGCCACUGCGCACCACCAUCGCCACCAAGGACCAGAACCUGUCGCUCUUCAUGCCGGUGUCCAAUACCAUCAAUACGGGCAUAAAGAUCGUGACCGCUUCGCAAUCCCAUGGGAUCAUAGGCGUCAUUAACAUCUUCUCUCCAGAGGGUAAACUCUUGGGGAUACUCAGCGCAGCGGAAAUCACGGCCUUCCGUACGGCGUUAGCUAUCAUGACCCUAUUCGUUCGCUGCACGUCUCUAAGGGAAAAUAUUGUGAUCUUCGGGUCUGGAAGACAGGCGGAGUGGCAUGCGCGAUUAGCCCUGCUCCUGGUACCGGAUCCGAUCCGGAGGAUUGUAUUCAUCAAUCGGGGACGUCGGAGACUGGACGAGAUGAAGGACAUGGUUGAGGAAUUACAAUCGGCCCAUCCCCAUGUUACGAUUACGACGUUGGCGAAGGAAGAUACCCCCGAUUAUUGGGAACGACUACGGUCUGAAUUGACCUCGUGCGAUGUGAUCUUCAGCUGUACACCUUCCACGGAACCGAACUUCCCCCAUGCCUAUCUGCAACAGUCUUUCAAGCCACGAUUCAUCUCCCUCAUCGGGUCGUAUAAACCUCACAUGCACGAGGUCGAUACGGAGACUGUUCUGUCAGGCGGAGGGCGGAUCUACGUGGAUUCCAAGGAGGCGUGUCUAGAAGAAUCGGGGGAGUUGAUUUGGGCGCAAGUCACUGAGGCCCAGCUGGUCGAGAUUGGAGAGUUGUAUGGACGACUGGGGAAAUCGGAUCCGAUUGAGAUCCCCGAUGGAUGCAAUGUGGUCUUCAAGUGUGUGGGGAUGGGCAUCAUGGAUCUAAUUACUGGGAAGAAGUUGUUGGAUGUGGGGAAAGAACUGGGGUUGGGGAUGGAGGUGGAUGGAUUCUAA